UCAUUUCUAGUGGAAAAACUGACCGUAGCCUAUCUAGGGUUAUAUAAUCUUUGGUACAGAACUCGUUUCACUCGGCUCGGAAGUAUGCCAGCUAUUUCCGGUUCCAGGUGCGUUCUAUUGUAUGCUAACUAGUUAGCAGCUUCAAUUACUGCAGAUAAUCGGCGAGUUUCGCAGUUUUCGGAAUUAACGUCUAGCUGAUAUCGUAUGGACGUCAUUGUAAAAUAUGCCAGUCGUUUAAGUGGAUACAUCUACGACGUUGAGAAAACAGUUCAGUACGUUUGGCACUCAAAUUAACCUACUUUGCCAAUAAGUUGAUAGCUACGUGGACGUUUUCGGAUCUUGAUUAGCUAACUGUUAUAGGGGACAAGAUCAAGAAGUGGAAGAGACCCAAGAGAAACACAUUGUCAGAGAUUUAAUAUUGGCCUGCUACAUUCCUCCACCAAACGUCUUUACCCUGUAAAGUUGGACAUGUUCUUCAGGAAGUACCUGAAAAUAUUGUAGCCGUACAUAUAUGUAUAGACUAAGAUAUCUUACAAUUGAAUCCCUAAUCUUUACACUGUAGACGUAAAACUGGCUAUUUGAUUUACGCAAAGUUGUAUUUUGGUAUGGUUUGUAUGGCACUCACUGUUAUAAGAGCAAAAUUGGCUAAAGCAAGGUGAAAGUCUAUUUGGGGAAGACAUGUAGCUAGUACCUCACAUUGGAAUUUUCCCUUGGGUGUAGGUGUUGUGCUGUGUAGGGACCGUUGUUGUUGUUGGUUUCAAUAUAACAUUGAACACCUACAGGUCUUUCAUGUCCUGCGGUGCACACCCUCUUAUUGUUAAUUUGACUCAUCUAAUGUACUAUACUCUAACAAAACCUUUGAGCUGAUAGAAAUAAUAUACAGUUUAACCCGUUAGUACAUUCUUCAUAAGUCCUUUAGUCUAAAAUCCAGACAGAAUUAAGGGAACUAAACUAAGGGAGCUGACAUGACAGCUGUAGUAGGAAGAGUCUGGGGGUGGGUGCGUCCAGCUGUCUCCUACCGGCCCUGGGGCAGCAAAGUAGCACCUGACAAAAACAUGAAAGACGAGAGGCAGACAAGAGGCAGCUGGGGCUUGGGAGGGUUAACAACGUGGUUUUGGGGAACCGGACAGAAAAGGCAAGCAAGUGACCAAACAACAUUGAUUGACGAGUACUGGGAAGCAAGUGAGGAGAAAAUCCAGUCCCUGGAAAUUGAAGAUCUGGGCAAGGGCAAGCAGGUGGCUGAGGGGAAAGCAGAACAUGGUGGCUCCAGAUGGUGGACUAAGGUUCUGCCGUCCUCCGACUUCCUCUGGCCGAGAGCAGCUGAACCUGGUGGGCUCAAGCAGAGGAAAUGUAUCGGUGGAGGAUGGGACUCUGACAACGAUGGGGAGUAUUCUGACUAUGGAACUCCUCCACCUUCUCCCACACCUAGCUCCUCAUCAGCCUUCCGGUUCUUUGCACGUGCCUGGAAUGGGGAGAUAGUUCCGGAACACUAUGAGAUCUGCUUCAACCUCCUUCGCCACCUGUUUGACCUGCUCGUGGUGGGCUUCCUGUGGACUGUGUCCCCCCCUACCAAGUUGGUCCUGGAGAUGCUAGGGGUCCAAGGAGGACUGAAGUUGUGGCUCCAUGGAAUGGCAAUGUUUUUUGUCUCCACUGUUGGAAUGGCAGGACUGCUCUGGUUGGUCCAGGAGUAUCUUCCACAUUUUGCUCUGGUGUACGGCAUCGUGCAAGCACUAGUCAUCUCUGUCAGCGUCCGGCAGUGUGUGAUCUUAGGAGAGGGCGAUGAGGUGGAGGAAGAGAAAGGACAAAAGGAGGUGGAAGAUGAUGAGGAGGAGGAGGAGGAGGAGGAAGUGGGAGACGAUGGGGAAGUUACAGAAAUGUACCUGACUACAAAAUAAUACAUCAAAGGAAAGAUGAUCCCUGAAAGAAAGUUUGUUUUGGAAAUCCUUUGACAUGGAGGAAAGUUGGGAAGAGGGAUGUUUUUUUUUGGGGGGGGGGGGGGAUUGUUGUUUCGAGACCCUGACGUGGAGGGACUGAGAAGUUACGUUUCGACAGCCUAUCAAUGCAAAGACAGUCAUGUGAAAAGAGCUGAGCCCAGCUGACACUGUGUUCAAUGAGGAGAGGGAGAGGCUGAAGGACUUUGAAGCUACAUUUCACCUCACUACUGUGAUAUUCAUUGGAGCUGAGGCAAAGCACAUCCACUACAAUCUUGGUCAAAUAGGCCCCAGUGAUAACACUGUCAUCUCUCAGUUCUAUUCUUCUGCCUUUUCGUAUGAGUUUCCCUCACCCUAAAGUACUUUUCUUUGAUACUCAAAUUCAUACAAUUAUGUUUAAUUAGACAUGGCAAGAGGGAUUCUUUUGUUUUGUUCAGAUUCACUUUUGAAUAUCUACUCGACAGAUACCAGCACCUUUUUUUCAUAGUUUUCUUUCCAAGCUUGAUGUUUGUUUUUUGGACGUAAUGUUUAUUAGCCUUCUCUGUUUAUUUCCUGUGCCAUAAUACUGCAUGUGUAGGUAGUUUAACUUUACAAGUAUGCCUUAGUAUAUUAUCCCUGUCUUUCUCCAUGAUAAUCAUAUUCUUCAUAGUACACUACAAAUUGAACACAUUUAUAUAUGUAUCUGUCUUAUCACACAUAUGGUUCCUGAUUUGAAAGGUAACUUACAGACCAGAAACAUUCAAUGGUAACCCUCUUUUUUUUUUUUAAGAAAAUGUGUUUAUAUGAAACUUGGUUGUGCAAUUAUCCAGUAGCACGUUUUGCACAAUCCCAUAGAAACCAACAGUCAAGCUCAGGAACACUAAAUUCUACCUGCAAAGGUUUUCUUCUUCCUCAGCAUGAGCCACAAUCUACAGUAUUGCAUGCGGAAGAGUUUUUUUUUUUACCCACAGUGCCCCUGUAUCAUGAAAGAAUGUUCUAGUUUCUACAAUGGCCUUUUUCAGAUAGUUUUUUUGUAUCGUAGCAAAACAGAUACAGCUAUCAAAACUUCACAGUGACGCAGAACGCUAUACGAUACCCUCGCUGCGUACUGAUAAUGAGAACUUUGAACAGUGAUACCAUAUCUGCAAUUCCUCUCUGCCUUUUAUCUCGUGUGUGUUUUUGUCGCAUUUUUGACUUGUUACUCCAUGUGUCGAUUAUAAAGAAAGAUGUUGUUUUGUAACGAGAAUGUGCAAUGUCCCCAGACAAGUGCUGGAUCACUGUCAAAAUGACUCGAGAAUCUUAUUCUCAAAAAAUAAUAAGGUAGCAAAACCAUCACAUGAAAAUCCACCAUGGCUAUGUUCAGUAGCCAAACAUUGAUCAAUGUUGCAGGUAAAAAAAAUGCCAUGAAAAGAGUGACAUAUCUCAUAUGGUGUGUUUAUCCUAGAAGGCACCCUAUUGCCUAUAUAGCCCUAUGGGUCCUGGUCAAAAGUAGUGCACUAUGUGGGGAAUAGGGUGCCAUUUGGGAUGCAUCCAAGGCCAUGUGUCAGGUAUUGGGAGCUCUCCGUCAAUAGGAUUCAUACUUUUGGCAGCCAGGACAAAGACCAGAAUAACCUCACUGAUGAGGUCGCUGGAUGUGACCUGGUCAUUUAACUUAUUUCUACUCGUCUCCAUGGCCACAAACCACUAAUUCAGUAUCCCUCUGUGCUGAUCUAUAGUGAGAUGAGGUAACUACGGUACAGUCCUGGAAACCUGAACGGUCUUUUAGGUGGGGUUGAUGGGAGACCCAGGGCUUUAUUCAUUAGUGCACACCGUAGAAAAACAUUGUGCAACGGAAAUUAGUUCUGAUAGUCUUCCCCCUUUUGGCCUGUUUGCUUACGUUUGGUUCCUAGUGAAUACACCCCUGGCCUGAACUAUCAGUGUUGUAGGAGAGAUUGUUGGGAGAUGGGAGGUCCAUAAUUAAUAUAAUAAUAAACCAAUAUUCUAAUUUCCA